AUGUCCCUCAACCUCGCACCCAGCUAUCCGCAUCCCCCUUGGGAUUUCAAGGAUAAGGACAGUUUCGCUUACGCAACGGUCGUCAAAAGAUGGCCAGUUAUAAUUACUAAUAUUAUUGAUACGGUCUACCGCGCGGUGGAUGCCGAGGGUAACUCGAGUCCGGAGAAGGUUGCAGAGGGCAAGGCAUUAAUCUCACAGCUUUCCAAGCUGAAGUAUGAUAUGAGCCAUGAUCGACCUCUAGCGGAGAUACCCGAAGACGGAGGCCUCAAUUCAAAAGUAUAUAAUGACCGAUUGCAAGAUCUUGAAAAGUCGGGCAAUAACACCUGGAUGAAAAUACCAUGGUUAUUUGGAGAUAUCUUUCGAGCAACGAAGCACUGGUCAAAAUUCGACCCAUUUUUUCAACAAAAGGAGGAUACCUUUCGGGAGAGUGGGGCCGCAGUGCAUCGUGGUAUUAACGGAUUAUGGCCGCUUUUUCAUGUAUUCAAUCGUCUUGAAGAGCUUGCGCAAGUGAUGGUUGAUAUUGAAGGCCGCCGCAAGGAGUUCGAACAGGGUGGGGAUGGAUGGGAAGAUAAGCUUGCCAUCGUAUUUGCAGAAAUGCUCCCGGACGAGCUUCAGUCUUUUGCAAAUGCCUUCGCAUCACUUGGGGGAAACGCAACGGAUUUAUCGAUGUUGCCAUCCAUGGAUCCGGCAGAUGUUGCACUUCUCCAGGCUGUUGGUGAGGACAAGGCCCAUUUGAUCCUACGCAACGACGCAGGCGCAUUAUGGAACCACGUUCGGAGUUUAAGAGAUGCAAGGUUGGACUUCGUUUUGGAUAAUGCUGGAUUUGAGCUGUUCACCGAUUUAGUAUUCGCAGAUUUUCUCAUCACAUUUACUCCAUACGCUAGCAAAGCAGUUCCCAAGCCAAUCCCCUGGUUUGUUUCUGACGUCACACCAAGGGAUUGGGAUGCGAUCUUUCGUGCGCUCAAGGAUCCCGAUUUUUUCACAAUGCUCGAUCCGUCUAUGGCUCAUCCCAAUGCUCUAAAAAAGAUGGUAGAACGAUGGGAGGCGUAUACCCAAACUGGCCUUUUUGCUCUCGCGCCUGAAGAGACAUACGCGUUCUGGGCUGCCCCUGGCGGAUACUGGGAGUCGCUCCCGGAAUGGAUGGAGAAGUAG